UUCAAACAUCAGCUCUUCAAUUCCUUCUGAGUCUUAUUCGAUAGAAUAGAGCCCCGCUCACUCUCAUUCAAAAACCUUCUUAUAUAAAUAUAAUGGCAUCGAGUUCAAUGUCAUCUUCAGGGUCAUGGACUGCUAAAGACAAUAAGGCCUUUGAAAGGGCAUUGGCGGUCUAUGAUAAGGACACGCCUGACCGUUGGUACAACGUUGCUCGCGCCGUCGGCGGAAAAACUCCCGACGAAGUUAAGCGCCACUACGAACUUCUCCUCAGAGAUGUUGGCUACAUAGAAUCUGGACAAGUGCCAUUCCCAAAGUAUAAGAAAAAUGGAGGCUCUAAUUAGCUCAAAAGAGUUGUAGGCUGGGAAACCUGAAGCACAAUUGACCAAUUGGAAGUGACAAGAAAGAAUUUAUGCGUUUUUUCUUUGCAAAUAGCAACAUUUAUAGGACCAUAUAUAGGUGUAAUUUUAUUCCAAGUACGUAUAGCAAUGGACUAUAGGUCAUAAGAAUCAAGUACAUUGAUUCCCUGUUCUACUUUAAUUUAUUUUCAAUCAAACAAGGAUAAUUAAAUAUCCUGAUUCAAAUCAUUAAUAAAGAUAUAAUUUUUAUGAC